AAGAUCGCGCACGUACUUCCCACCUUUGUUGCACGUCUACAGAACGAGACUGUGCGUGUGGUUACUGCCAGAGCCUUAGCGGAGAUAGCUGCGUCGCCUGUGCACGUGGAUCUGUCUGCUGUGACGGUGGAGUGUGUGUCGACACUCGGUCUGUUGCUGCGCAAAGAGUCGCGGCAGCUGCGACUGGCGUGUAUCUUGUGUCUAGAUACACUCCAG